CAUUGUGGAAACAGGAUGAAGUUGACCAGUGAAGAGUUGCCCAAGGACCCCUUUCAUACCUCUCUAUCCCAGUAUGCUGCGAAGAGCCAAAGAUUCUCCCAGUGGAGGAAGGAGAAGACUGAUCAUUACAACCAUGCUAAUUUGGUGGAUAAGGCAUUGCAGCUCUUGAAGGAAAGAAUAAGACGAGGCGAUGCCUUGGCCUACUUCCUACGAGGCCAACUCUACUUUGAAGAGGGAUGGUAUGAAGAAGCAUUACAACAGUUUGAAGAAAUCAAGGAACAGGAUCAUCAAGCAACUUACCAGCUAGGAGUGAUGUAUUAUGACGGGCUGGGCACAGCUGAAGAUGCUGAAAAAGGAGUGGAACAUAUGAAGAAAAUAGUUGAUUCUCCAUGUCCCAAAGCAAGACACUUAAAAUUUGCAGCUGCUUACAACCUUGGAAGAGCUUAUUACGAAGGAAAAGGUGUUAAAAGAUCAAAUGAGGAAGCCGAAAGACUGUGGCUUUUCGCUGCGGACAAUGGAAAUCCAAAAGCUAGUGUGAAGGCUCAAAGCAUGCUGGGAUUGUAUUAUUCAACAAAAGAGCCCAAAGAGUUAGAAAAGGCAUUUUAUUGGCAUUCGGAAGCAUGCGGCAAUGGCAGUCUGGAGUCCCAGGGUGCACUGGGGCUCAUGUACUUCUACGGACAGGGCAUCCGCCAGGAUACUGACGCCGCCCUGCACUGCUUGCAGGAAGCGGCAGAGCGUGGCAACGUCUAUGCUCAGGGGAACCUGGUGGAGUAUUACUACAACAUGAAGUUCUUUACAAAGUGUGCUGCAUUUUCCAAAAGGAUCGCCGACUACGACGAGGCGCACGACAUCCCCUUGAUAGCCAAGGUCACAGACUGCCUCCCCGAGUUCAUCAGCAGGGGCAUGGCCAUGGCGUCCUUCUACCACGCGCGCUGCCUCCAGCUGGGCCUGGGCAUCACGAAGGACGAGGCGGCCGCGAAGCACUAUUAUUCUAAGGCUUGUCGUCUGAAUCCUGCAUUGGCAGACGAACUUCACUCUUUACUUAUUCGUCAAAGAAUUUAG